UGUCCUGCUUUGGGACAACCUUAACAUCCUGUUCAAUCCACCUCACACCACCUCACCCCUCUGCUGGCAAGAGGGGAGCUGAUUCAUCUUCUUGCUAAGCACUCAUUCUACUCAACUAAGAGCAGAGCAGAGGCUCAAAGGUCUUUGCCUCAGAACUACAGAAGUGAAUGAGCAUUCCCUCUCAACUGACUCAGAAUGUUUGUUUCACCCAGGAGAUGGAGCUCCCGAAGGCCCUCUCUGGCCAGCGGACACUCAUAUCUGCCGUCCUCAGCAUGCUAUCACUCAGCCUCUCCACAACAUCCCUGCUCAGCAACUACUGGUUUGUGGGCACACAGAAGGUGCCCAAGCCCGUGUGCGGGAAAGGUCUGGCAACCAAGUGCUUUGACAUGCCGAUGUCCUUGGAUGGCGGCAUCGCCAACGCAUCAACCGAGGAGGUGGUGCAAUACAGCUGGGAGACUGGGGAUGACCGCUUCUCCUUCCUUACCUUCCGGAGUGGCAUGUGGCUAUCCUGUGAGGAAACUAUGGAAGAACCAGGGGAGAGGUGCCGAAGCUUCAUUGAACUCACACCACCAGCCGAGAGAGGUGAGAAAGGACUACUGGAAUUUGCCAUGUUGCAAGGCCCAUGUUACCCCACUCUCCGAUUUGGAGGGAAGCUGUUGAUGGAGAAGGCUUUCCUCCCCCACCCUCCCUUGGGGCUCGUGGCAAAGAUCCUGUGGCUAUCGCUGGGAGCCCAGAUCGCCUACAUCGGACUUCAAGUCAUCAGUUUCCUCCUGCUACUGAUGGACUUGCUGCUCACAGGGAACCCUGGCUGCGGGCUCAAGCUGAGCGCCUUUGCUGCCAUUUCCUCUGUCCUGUCAGGCCUCCUGGGGAUGGUGGCCCAUAUGAUGUAUUCACAAGUCUUCCAGACAACUGUCAACGUGGGUCCAGAAGACUGGAGACCACAUGCUUGGAACUAUGGCUGGGCCUUCUACAUGGCCUGGGUUUCCUUCACCUGCUGUAUGGCAUCAGCUGUCACCACCUUCAACACCUACACCAAGAUGGUGCUGGAGUUCAAAUGCAAGCAUAGUAAGAGCUUCAAAGACAACCUGAACUGCCAACCAAACCACCACCAAUGCUUCCUUCAGCAGCUGUCCUGUACAGCCCACCCAGGGGGCCCUUUGACCAGCUAUCAACACUAUCACCAUCAACCCAUCCGCUCUGUCUCUGAAAGCGUUGACUUCUACUCAGAGCUACAAAACAAGCAGUUUCAGCAAGAGACCACCCAGGAGCUCAAAGAAGUAGUUGGGUCACCUGUAGAAGAAGGGCAGUGUUAGGAGUUAAGUGGGUUUGGAGAGCAGGCUGAGCCCUACCUUAUACAUCUGUUUCUUGUUAACACGUGCUUAAGCCAAAGUUUGUCUCUCGAGCAU